AUGACAGUCGAGCGACGGCAGAAACGCUUCCGGUGGUCGUUUCUCUGUCUACGGGAUCUCUGUCUACAGAAAUUAAGAUUGUUAUCUGUGAAACCACAAGUGCUUGGAUAUUACCAAAAAAGCUUAUGUUGUAAUAAGAUAAAUGCAGCAGAUGAGGAAAAGGAAAAAGAAAUUGAAAGGAUUAGGAAAAGUGCAUCCAUUGAUGAACCACCGACAGCAUGUUGUAGAUCUGGCUGUGCAAACUGUGUAUUCAUUGUAUGGGCGGAAGAAUUAGCAACAAAAUUUGAAAAUGCUGGACCGGAGAUCACAGAUAAAAUAAUGAAGCAAGUAGACGAUCCAUCUAUGAGAGCCUAUUUAGAACUAGAGUUGAGAAUGCGAGGAUUAAAAAAGCAUUAAGACUUUAUUUUCAUAUAGUAAUGUAUUCGAAUGAUAUUAUAACUUAAAUUUAGAUAUACAAAUAAUGGAAUAGAUAAUUUAUUAAAUUGUUAAUAUUGUAUAAAUAUUUAAAGAAGUACUUGUUUAGGUUUUAUAUUUGUAAAUAGCUGCAAUACUAGUAAUUGUAAAAAUUUUAUUAGUAAAUUAGUAAUUUAUAUGACUCAAUAAAACAUAUUACAGGAAUA